AGACGCUCGAUAACAGAUUCCCGAGAGUUGCCGCGAGAUCUGCAUCGCCUCAGGAAGUGUCUGCGCUCACACUGUGCGGUUUCCUCCUCCUCCUCCUCCUCCUCCUUCUACUACUUCUUCACUCUGAAUUCGAGAAAGUUUGUCCUGUCCUCUCCUGACUUGACCGGGUUUUGCUUUUUCACAUUCGUUUUACUUACAUAUUUGUAAGUCAUUUCGUUUUUUUCGCUUCAGAGAACAUCCUUUUCGUUAUCCUUUUUCUGCAAAAAUGACCAAGCCGAGUAGUUUGUGCGCUCCGUUGUUGCUGUUUCUGGUGUGGCGGGCGGGGGAGGUAGCGGAAGCCUGCAGCUGUUCUGCUAAACAUCCUCAACAGGCUUACUGCAACUCCGACGUCGUUCUCAGAGCCAAAGUGGCUGGACGGCAAGAAAUUGUCACAGGCAAUGACGUCUAUGGCAAUCCAAUCAAGAGGAUCCAGUAUGACAUCAAACAGAUGAAGAUGUACAAGGGACCCGACCGUGAGAUUGACGCCAUCUUCACUGGCCCUUCGUCUGCUGUGUGCGGCGUGAACCUGGAGAUCAAUGACAAGAAGGAAUACCUGAUCACAGGUAAACUGGAGUCUGACGGCACGAUGCAUGUGACACUGUGUGACUUCAUCCAGACAUGGGAGUCCCUGACCAUUGCUCAGAAAAAGGGCAUGGACUCGCGUUAUGAGAUGGGUUGUGAGUGCAAGAUUGUCCACUGUGCCUCUGUCCCCUGUUCGAUCAGCGAUCCUGCUGAGUGUCUAUGGACUGACUGGCUUAUGGAGAACUCCGUGCAGGGUCCACAAGCUCGGCACUACACCUGCAUAAAGAGGAACGACUCUUCUUGCGCUUGGUACCGUGGAGCCGCUGCACCAAAGAAAGAGUUCCUGGACAUCGAAGAUCCAUAAACCUGCAGUCUCCUGACUUUACAGCCACCUUUUAGAAAAUCCCCCUAACACUGCUAUGGACCCUUUAAAUAAUCACACCGUUAUUCAGCUGCAUUCUGUACUUUUAACAUAGUUCUGGUCAUAUGACAAUGUAAAAGAAUAUGGCCGAGACAACGUUCUCUGGGUUUCGUAAAGCACUUUGAGUCCCCAGUAGCACCUAGAUGCGACCAUGCUUUUAGGAAAGAAAAAAAAAUGUUUACUGCUUUUAAUACCACUGUUUUAGGUUUUGGUUGGAAUAUAGAUGACUAAAAUAUAGGACAUUUAUGUUGACAUUUUUGGAGAAAGUAAGGAAGGAUUAAAAGAACCGAGUCAAAUUUGUUUUAGGAAGCAUAAGCGAUUUAUCUACCCCAUGCCUUGAUGUUAUGGUCUCUCUGAAAUGCCAUUAUUGAUAUUUCACAUACAGAUACAGUAAAUAAAGAAAAGUAACUUAUUAGAAAUAACCAAAGUGAUUGGACUUAUGUGUACAAUGUGGACUUAUACAGUACAAUAGAUGUAAAAUAAACUGCUUACUAUACUAUGCACAAAAGGCAUCUUGUAAUAAUUUAUGUAUGUUGUAAUAUAUACAUGUUUCUAAUUUAUAUCUAAACACUCAAUUUUCAUUAAAAGAUAGGGCUUUUUAUUUGCAUUAGUUUUUGUGAAACUUUGGCGCAAAGAGUUUAAGCAGAUUUAGGACGGUUAGAGUUUCCAGUAUAUAAGUGAAUCCAGUAUUCCAGUUAUUCAACCAACAAAUGUGUAGGAAAGGUCACAAAGCCUAAUUCAGUCAUUCUGUAUAUCAUGGUAUCCUUUUUUUAAAUUUCCAUAUGUGUUUGUCUGUCUACAGUUUUUUUUUUUUUGUUUGUUUGUUUGUUUUUUAAUUCUUAAAUGUCCUUUUUUUAUAUCAUGAGGAGAAAAUAGGUAGUGUGAGAUUUCCGGUGCUGGAACCACUUGGGAAGAUUAAGCGAGCUACCCUGUGCAUGCCUUUCAUACUCCUGUAUUAUUCAUCUUGGUGUAACAGUUCCAUAUUCAUGAAUAAAAGAAAAGAAAAGCA